GGAGCCACUAAGGAGAUCGGCUCGGCGCUGACCAGGAUGUGCAUGAGACACCGCAGCAUUGAAUCCAAACUCAAGCUGUUCACCACAGCGCUCUCCGAGGGUUUGGUCUCUCCCCUGGAGCUAAAGAUGGAGGAGUGGAAGAAAGUGGCCAGUCAGCUGGACAAAGACCACGCUAAAGAGUACAAGAAGGCCAGAGCGGACAUCAAGAAGAAGUCGUCCGACACCAUCAAACUGCAGAAGAAGGUGAAGAAAGGUAAGAGCCAAUAAUAUCUCCAUCAGUCUGACUCCUCCCUCUUUUCACCUGGCAGGUAACUCCCUAAAUAUACAAACAAAUUAUAAUAAAAACAACCUUAUCCCGUGUGUGACAUGCCACGGGUCAAACACUCACAUCCAUUCAAAACGACCACUAUAAACUAUUUUCCUCUCCACCAUCAGACAGGCGUGUGGCGCAGUGGGUUGUGCGUUGGUGUUGGGAUCAGGGGGUUCAGGUUCAAACCCCACUGCAGUCAGCAUGUCGUUGUGUCCCUGAGACACUUCACCCCAAACUGCUCCUGUGGGGAUUGCCCACAGUGCUGAGUAUGUGAGUCGCUUUGGAUGAAAGCGUCUAACAAGAGACAUGUGAUGUAAUGUAAACUGGAGCGUGAGGGGACAUUUGUUUUUUGUGAUAUUCAAGUAUUCUUAGUUUGGGGGAAAGAAGAAGUUGUUCUAGUUUUCGUUUAAGGAGAAGUGAAAGUAGGUUGUUUUUGUUUUUCAUCUUUUGCACCGGUGGCUCUUUUUGCUCGUUAGAGAUCAUCCUGAACUCAGGAAGCAGACGUUUGGACUUGUUGGUAUUUCAUUGGGACUUUAUUCAGGGCUUUCCUUUUUUGACUUG